AUGAAGCCGGAAAAACUCUUCUCCGGUUUAGGUACCAGCGAUGGCGAGUAUGGAGUGGUAAAUAGCGAGAACAUAUCAAUAGAUGCUAUGCAAGAUAAUAGAGGCGAGUGUCAUCGUAGAUCCAUAGAAAUGCAUGCUAAUGACAAUCUGGGAUUGGUCUCCCAGCGAGACUGUACCAAUCGGCCCAAAAUUACUCCUCAGGAAUGUUUGAGUGAGACUGAGCAGAUAUGCCAUCAUGGCGAGAAUAGGACUAAGGCUGGGUUAGAUGUAGACGAUGCUGAAACCGGUGGUGAUCACACCAAUGAAUCCCGUGUAGAUGAAUGUUGUGCUGAGAAAGUGAACGACACUGAGACUGGCUUGGAUGUGGACAGCUGUUGCGGCGAUGCUCAAACAGGUGGUGACCACACCAAUGAAUCCUGUGUUGAUGGAUGCUGCGUUAGAGAUUCUUCAGUGAUGGUCGAGGAAGUUACAGGCAGCUGCGAAGCUGUAUCUUCUAAAGAACAAUUGCUGACCAGCUUUGAAGUUGUUCCAAGCAAAUCUGAAGGUCUGCAAUCUAUUCAUGAUAUUAGAGAGACAACUCGCUGCAAUACCAAUUCCAACCAACACACAGGGAAGGGUAGGCUUUGCAUCGAAUCAAGUGACUCUACACUCAAGAAAAGAAGUUGUAAAGUUAGCAGACAGAAAAUUGAGGUUUCCAGUAAGCCUGAGUGCUGCAACAUUUCAUGUGUUGAGCGGAUUGCAUCUCGUAGCUGUGAAAAGAGGACUUUUAAAGGUAGCACCAAUGUUGGAAUUUCUGGGAGUAGCUCUACCGACAGUUUAAGCGAGAAGUUCUUCAGCGAACAGUACUCUAGAAUGUACAAUCGUUACUCCUCAAUUUUGAAAAAUUUAGGUUGUAUCUGUAACUAUUUGCGUACUUUGGGAAAAGAAUCUUGUUGUCUCCCAAAGGUGCGUUUUUGUAGCGGGGAGGGUGCUUCUAAAAAGACAAAAUACUCCUACCGCAACAGUUCUGGAUGUUUAACAAAGAAAAAGACCCAUGGAGACAAAGAAAGGUUGAGCAAUGACAAUGGCCAUGCUGAUUUUGUUUGUUCUAAAAGUUGUUGCACUAAAAUGAAGGAUUGUGCUGUUACCUCAACUAUUUCUGGACACUCUUCGAGUGAAAUUUCAAGAAUCGUAUCAAUGGAACCAAUUGAAAAUCAUCUUAAUCUUGAGGCAGGAUCUACCGGUACCGAGCACAUUGUUCUUAGUGUUUCAGGAAUGUCCUGUACUGGUUGUGAAUCAAAACUUAAGAAAUCAUUUGGCGCGCUCAAAUGUGUUCACGGUUUGAAGACCAGUUUAAUAUUAUCGCAAGCUGAAUUUAAUCUGGAUCUUGCUCAGGGAUCUGUCAAGGAUGUUAUCAAGCACUUGAGCAAAACUACUGAAUUCAAGUACGAACAGAUUUCAAAUCAUGGUUCAACUAUAGAUGUUGUUGUUCCUUAUGCAGCAAAAGAUUUUAUUAAUGAGGAAUGGCCACAAGGUGUCACAGAGCUGAAAAUUGUUGAGAGAAAUAUCAUUCGUAUUUACUUUGACCCAAAGGUUAUAGGUGCCAGAGAUCUUGUCAAUGAAGGAUGGAGCGUGCCUGUUAGUAUUGCUCCAUUCAGUUGUCAUCCAACCAUUGAAGUGGGAAGGAAGCAUUUAGUUCGUGUAGGCUGCACGACCGCUUUAUCCAUAAUAUUGACGAUCCCGAUUCUCGUGAUGGCUUGGGCUCCACAGCUUCGUGAAAAAAUUUCCACUAUCUCCGCGUCAAUGGUGCUAGCAACUAUUAUUCAAUUUGUUAUUGCAGGACCGUUUUACUUAAAUGCCUUGAAGAGUUUGAUAUUUUCCAGGCUCAUUGAAAUGGAUCUACUAAUAGUUUUAAGCACUAGCGCUGCCUACAUAUUUUCGAUUGUAUCAUUUGGAUAUUUCGUUGUUGGACGCCCGUUAUCUACGGAGCAGUUUUUUGAAACCAGCUCUUUGCUUGUAACUCUCAUCAUGGUUGGUCGCUUUGUGAGUGAACUAGCUAGACAUAGGGCUGUAAAGUCAAUAUCAGUACGUUCCUUACAGGCCUCUUCUGCUAUUCUGGUGGAUAAAACUGGUAAAGAGACGGAAAUUAAUAUUAGACUUCUCCAAUAUGGCGAUAUUUUUAAGGUUUUACCUGAUUCAAGAAUCCCAACUGAUGGAACAGUCAUUUCUGGGUCUUCUGAAGUCGACGAAGCGUUAAUCACAGGUGAAUCUAUGCCAGUCCCGAAAAAGUGUCAAUCAAUUGUUGUUGCAGGAUCGGUGAAUGGCACUGGUACUUUGUUUGUGAAGCUGAGCAAGCUUCCAGGGAACAAUACUAUUAGUACCAUAGCCACGAUGGUUGAUGAAGCAAAAUUAACUAAGCCAAAGAUCCAAAAUAUCGCUGAUAAAAUUGCAAGUUAUUUCGUGCCAACUAUCAUUGGAAUCACUGUCGUCACCUUUUGCGUUUGGAUAGCGGUUGGAAUCCGUGUGGAAAAGCAAUCCCGCUCCGAUGCCGUAAUUCAGGCCAUUAUAUAUGCCAUUACGGUACUUAUCGUUUCGUGUCCCUGCGUGAUUGGACUUGCCGUUCCUAUCGUAUUUGUUAUUGCAAGUGGCGUCGCUGCGAAAAGAGGGGUAAUCUUCAAAUCAGCAGAGAGUAUAGAAGUUGCUCACAACACUUCGCAUGUUGUCUUCGAUAAAACGGGUACCCUAACUGAAGGAAAACUUACUGUAGUACAUGAAACUGUUAGGGGUGAUCGUCAUAAUUCUCAAUCUUUGUUGCUUGGAUUAACUGAAGGAAUAAAACACCCAGUUUCCAUGGCAAUAGCAUCCUAUCUCAAAGAAAAAGGUGUUUCUGCUCAAAAUGUUUCUAAUACAAAAGCUGUGACUGGUAAGCGGGUAGAAGGAACAUCAUACUCUGGUUUGAAGUUACAAGGAGGGAACUGUCGUUGGCUUGGUCAUAACAAUGAUCCUGACGUUCGAAAAGCCCUUGAACAAGGAUAUUCUGUAUUCUGUUUUAGUGUUAAUGGUUCAGUCACUGCAGUUUAUGCAUUAGAGGACUCUUUACGGGCAGAUGCUGUCUCCACUAUUAACUUGUUACGCCAAAGAGGGAUUUCACUACACAUUUUAUCAGGGGAUGACGAUGGAGCCGUUCGUUCUAUGGCAGCCCGUCUUGGAAUUGAAAGCUCCAAUAUUCGUUCUCACGCAACGCCUGCAGAAAAGAGUGAAUAUAUUAAGGAUAUUGUCGAAGGAAGAAAUUGCGAUAGUUCUUCGCAGUCAAAAAGACCGGUUGUUGUUUUUUGCGGUGACGGAACAAACGACGCAAUUGGUUUGACUCAAGCAACGAUUGGAGUUCAUAUCAAUGAGGGAAGUGAGGUUGCCAAGCUAGCUGCUGAUGUAGUUAUGUUAAAGCCAAAGCUCAACAAUAUUUUGACUAUGAUAACUGUAAGUCAAAAGGCCAUGUUUAGGGUCAAAUUGAAUUUCUUAUGGAGUUUUACUUACAACUUAUUUGCUAUCCUUUUGGCGGCUGGUGCCUUUGUUGACUUUCAUAUUCCACCAGAGUAUGCGGGUUUAGGGGAACUAGUUAGUAUCCUCCCUGUAAUUUUUGUAGCUAUACUUCUGCGUUAUGCAAAGAUUUAG